AUGCGUCCCCAGGUCGAAGACAUCGAAGACGACAUCGCUGCGGAGGAGGAGAACAAGCUUAUCAAUGAGGAGUACAAGACAUGGAAAAAGAACGCGCCGUAUCUCUACGACGUUGUGGUCACACACGCCCUCGAUUGGCCCAGCUUGACCUGCCAGUGGUUCCCUGACACCGAAAACUCUCCCAACAAGCCGUAUACGACCCACCGCCUGCUGCUGGGCACACACACUUCCGGGCAGGCGCAGGACUACGUUCAAAUUGCGACUGUCCAAAUCCCAAAACGCUCCGGUCCCGGCGCGGAGAAGCUGGACGCUGCCUCUUAUGAUGACGACCGUGGUGAACUUGGCGGCCACACAAUCCCCCCGGCUCCGCGAAUCCAGGUUGUCCAGCGGAUAAACCACGAAGGGGAAGUAAACCGCGCGCGAUAUAUGCCCCAAAACCCCGACUUGAUAGCAACCAAAACUGUUCAAGGCGAUGUCCUGGUCUUUGACCGUACAAAGCACAGCAAUGAGCCGGAUAGGAAUAAUAAGUGCGCACCUAAUAUACGGUUAACUGGUCAGAAGCAGGAAGGCUAUGGCCUGGCCUGGAAUCCGCUCAAGGAGGGCCAUGUCCUGAGCGCAUCAGAAGACACGACGAUCUGCCAUUGGGACAUCACAUCGUACACAAAGGCGACUGCGACGAUUGAGCCAACGACUGUCUUCCGUGGUCACAAUUCCGUAGUCGGGGAUGUUGAUUGGCACCCCAGCAAAGAGAACGUCUUUGCGAGCGUUGGAGACGACAAAAUGCUGAUGAUUUGGGAUACCCGCGCGCCGACACAGCCUUCACUGAGCAAGGAAGCGCACGAAAGAGAAAUCCUCGCAGUCGCUUUCAGCCCCGCUCAAGAGCACCUACUACUUACCGGAAGUGCCGACAAGACGAUUGUUCUCCACGACCUGCGUGAACCGAGCAAAGCGUUGCACACUUUCCAAUUCCACACCGACGAGGUGCUGCAUCUUUCCUGGUCACCACACGAGGCGAGCGUUUUCGCGUCAGCAUCAGGCGACCGGAGGGUGAAUAUUUGGGACCUGUCUAUGAUCGGCAUGGAGCAAUCCCCAGACGACCAAGAAGACGGGCCACCAGAAUUGUUGUUUGUCCACGGAGGACACACCGCCCGUCCAACAGACUUUUGCUGGGCGCCGGGAAAGGCCGAUAGCUGGACCGCGACAAGCACGUCUGAAGACAAUAUUGUCAUGGUCUGGCAGCCGACAAUGCGGAUUUGGGCUGGAGACGCGGUGAAUAUUAACGAGAAAGAGCUGGAGGACAAUGCUAUGGAGGGUGUCGAGCAAGCGCCGAUAGCGGGGAGCAGCAAGGGAAAGAGCGUGGCGGGCGACGAUUGA